CGCAUACAAUCUCUCUCUCUCUCUCUCCUCUAAACAAAAAAAAAACUCCACACUUUUUCUCUCUCCUCAUCAACAAUGUCGUCGCCGGCGCCGGCGACAUCUCCUCCGACGACCACCACUCCUCCACCUUCAUCCACCGCUGCUCCUCCUCCUACUUCCUCUCCUUCUCCCCCUGCUCCACCACCUUCUACUCCGGCAACUUCUCCUCCUCCGACAUCAACUCCGGCGACUUCUCCACCUCCGACAACUACUCCACCUCCUACAACAACUCCGGCGACUUCUCCUCCUCCGACAACAACUCCGGCGUCAUCUCCACCUCCGACGACAACUCCGGCGACUUCUCCGCCUUCGACGACAUCUCCACCUUCAACUCCGGCGAUAUCUCCGCCUGCACCUUCCGGUAGUUCUCCACCGUCAACUCCUCUCUCUCCUCCUUCACGACCUUCCGGCGAUUCUCCUCCUUCUUCUUCCGGCGGCGGGAGGAGUACUCCUUCUCCUUCUCCUCCAACGCGAGGUUCAGAUUCAGGUUCGGGUUCGGGUUCAGGAUCGGGUCAAAGUCCGGAUACAGGAAGUAAUAAUGGAGUAUCGACGGGGAUGGUGGUAGGAAUAGCAAUAGCAGGAGUAGCGGUGUUGGUGAUAUUCAGUAUAAUUUGUGUUUGUUGUUUUCGUAAGAAGAAGAAACGAAGAAAUGAGUAUGGCGGUGAAGGUUACUAUGUUCCUCCUCCACCUCCUCAUGCUCCUGUUGGACCUAAAGAUGGGCCAUACGGUGUUCAAGCACAGCAGUGGCAGCAGAAUUAUCCGCCACCUGCGCAGCAUUAUCAGGUGCCAAAGCCCCCUCCUCCACCAGCAGCACAAACGCGGCCACCUAGAUCUCCUUCACCCCAGCCCCAACCUCCGCCACCACCUCCUGGACAGUUUAUGAGCAGUGGUGGGGGUUCUGGGUCAAGCUUUGGUUCUGAAAACCCGAUUCCACCACCUUCACCAGGACUGUCACUUGGGUUUGUGAAGAGCCCAUUCUCUUAUGACGAGUUGGCAAUGGCAACGGAUGGGUUCUCGGAAGCUAACCUCUUGGGUCAAGGUGGUUUUGGGUAUGUUCACAAGGGUGUCCUUCCAAAUGGUAAAGAAGUUGCUGUUAAGUCCCUUAAAGCAGGUAGUGGACAGGGAGAGCGCGAGUUCCAGGCAGAAGUUGAAAUUAUCAGCCGUGUCCAUCACAAACAUCUUGUCUCAUUGGUUGGAUAUUGCAUCACUGGGUCACAUAGGUUGCUGGUUUACGAGUUUGUUCCAAAUGGUACCAUGGAGUAUCAUCUUCAUGCCAAAGAACAGCCUACAAUGGAUUGGCCUACACGACUGAGGAUUGCUCUUGGAACUGCAAAAGGAUUGGCAUAUCUGCAUGAGGACUGUCAUCCGAAGAUUAUUCAUCGAGAUAUUAAAUCUGCCAAUAUUCUUCUGGAUUACAAGUUUGAGGCAAAGGUUGCAGAUUUUGGACUGGCAAAGUUUUCCUCGGAAGUUCAGACUCAUAUAUCCACUCGUGUCAUGGGUACUUUUGGUUACCUGGCUCCUGAGUAUGCUUCAAGUGGGAAGCUUACAGAUAAAUCUGAUGUUUUCUCCUUUGGAGUCAUGCUUCUGGAACUGAUUACUGGGCGAAGGCCAGUUGAUGCAACACAGGCUUACACGGAUGACAGUCUAGUUGAUUGGGCAAGACCUUUGCUGACAAGAGCUCUGGAAGAAAACAACUUUGAGACUCUCGUUGAUCAGCAUCUGCAAAAUAAUUUCAACCCCAGUGAAAUGGCCCGCAUGGUCGCUUGUGCUGCUGCUUGUGUCCGUCAUUCAGCACGCCGCCGCCCUAGAAUGAGCCAGGUUGUUAGAGCCUUGGAAGGAGAAGUGUCUCUUUCUGACCUAAAUGAAGGAAUAAGACCAGGACAGAGUUCAAUUUACAGCUCCUAUGGAAGCUCAGAUUAUGAUACCUCCCAAUACAAGGACGACAUGAAGAAAUUCAGGCAGAUGGCCCUUGCGAGCACAGAGUACGGUAGCAGCGAGUAUGGUGGAACGACCAGCGAGUAUGGUAUGUACCCAUCUGGUUCGAGUAGUGAAGCCCAAAGUCGUCAAACUACUCGAGAGAUGAAAGGAGAUAGUAGAGGAUUCAGUGAAGGUCAAAGUCGUCAAACAACCCGAGAGACGGAGAUGGGAAAGAUGAAAGGAGAUAUUAGAGGUUUCAGUGGAACUUCUUGAUUAUCAGUGGAAGCUUAGACAUUUCUUCAUGUAAAGAAGUCCCUGAAUCCAGAUUGUGAAAAGGGAAAUUAAUUGUUUCAUAUAUAUUAGAUUGUGAGUGUCACUAUUCUAACACAAUUUUUUCUUUCUUUUUUGUUUUUUUGGGCAUAUUCUUUUUCCUUGCAGUGGAAUCAUUGUUUCCCACUCCAAUGUAUUUACUAUUGCUUAUAUAGAGAGGUAACAUACUGCAAAUUGGGUAAUUCUUUUGUAUAAUAAUAUUGAUUUUGCUGAGGUUUA